AUGCAGCUCCUACCAGUCUUAAUCUCCUUGACCCUCCUUGUGGGAGCAGCGGCAACCACAAAGCCCCCGACGCACCUCGAGUUCUACCUGCACGACAUUGUGACGGCGGUGCCGUCGAGCCCAGCGACGGCAGUACGUGUUGCUAGGGGAGUGACGCCGCUGCCCCACAACCCUACCGUCCACUUCGGGGACAUGUACGUCAUCGAUGAUCCUCUAACGGAGGGACCCGACUUGUCAUCCCCGGCCCUCGGCAAAGCGCAAGGAUCCUACAUCUUCGCGUCGCAGACGGACAUGGCGCUGAUGCUGACCUUCAACAUGGUGUUCACGGCGGGGCCGCACAACGGCAGCACCAUCGCUGUGGUCGCAAGGGAACCCAUCCUCGACCCCGUGAGGGAGCUGCCGGUAGUUGGCGGCACCGGCACGUUCCGCGGAGCCACCGGGUACGUCCUGUUCCGGACAUACUCUGCAAACGGCACCAACUCGGUGAUCCAUGUCGACAUGUACGUGCGCGCUCGGGUGUAG